CAAUACCACUCGGGGGGGGGGGAGGGGCGGGCUCUGGCUUCAGAAACCUGCCAGCAGCAGCUCACCUCCAUUCCUUCCUGCUGCCCCAGAACCAGAGAGAGCAGCAGGGGCAAUGGGGAGCUACAGCAGGUAAGGGAGCAGGAGCAGGGCUCGCACCACCAGACUCUGGGAGGUUGGCCAGUCCUGGGGUGGGGGGGACUGGCCAGACGCCCCCAUGCAUGCGGUGGGCGGCACACCAGGCCCUGCCCCUCAGUCUCACCCCAUGGUCUCCACGGGCCUGAGGGGACAGAUGGCAUCGCCUAGGCCUGGGCUGUGGCUGUCCCUCGCCAGAUGAGUUACGAGCAGGCUGCAGGAGUGGCAGCCGGGGAUGGGGAGGGGGGCCACAACGACAAUGGCACAGAUACCUUAGGACAAUGGGGGCCACGUGCCACGGGGGCAACAGUCGUUUGUCGCACAAUGGGCCGCCGGGGGACAGCAGCCAGGCCAACUGCUGCUGCUGACACGGCCAGCCGGGUUUUCAAAUCGUUUCCAGGCCCUGUUUUCCUACAAGGCAGCCAAUGGCUGGGGCAGCCUGAUGGUCACCUGAUGCCAGCCUGGUGGGCUGAGGGCCCAGGCCCCGCACCAAGGAGCAGUUGUGGCCAUGGCAACGCUAAUUGUGGCCCUAAAACAGAAGGAGAGAGAGCGAGCGCGGGCGAGGCUCCUGGCUACCUGCAGUGAUGAUGACCUUCCCGGGGACCUGCAGUCCCUGUCAUGGCUCACAGCGGUGGAUGUGCCACGGCUGCAGCAGAUGGCGAGUGGCCGCAUGGACCUGGGUGGCCCCGGUGCGCUGCCCCCACACCCAGGUGCCUUGGCCAGGGCGGCUGACCUGCACGUGGGAGCUACCGCAGGUGCCCUGCUCCAUGGCCCGGCUGGCGUGGCCCCCCCAGGCAUGCUUGGCCUGGGCCCCAUAGCCAGUCAGGGAGCCACUGUGAGCCAGAUCCCUGUGGGGGGCCAGCCCUCAUCUGGCCUGCAGGACUCGCCACAGCUAUACUCGUCCACCCCCCAGACACAGUUACCGCUCCCCGCAGGCCCACAGCAGUGCCCUCCCGUGAGCCUGUAUGGCUCCCCAUUUGGAGCACGGUCUCCGUACUCCCAGCCCUGCAUGGCUGUCCAUUCAUCUCAGGAACUGCACCCCAAACACUACCCCAAGCCCAUCUACUCAUACAGCUGUCUGAUCGCCAUGGCCUUGAAGAACAGCAAGACAGGCAGCCUGCCCGUGAGUGAGAUCUACAGCUUCAUGAAGGAGCACUUCCCCUACUUCAAGACAGCUCCCGACGGCUGGAAAAACUCCGUGAGACACAACCUGUCCCUGAACAAGUGCUUCGAGAAGGUAGAGAACAAGAUGAGUGGCUCCUCGCGCAAGGGCUGCCUGUGGGCCCUGAACCUGGCCCGCAUCGACAAGAUGGAGGAGGAGAUGUACAAGUGGAAGAGGAAGGACCUUGCUGCCAUCCACCGGAGCAUGGCCAACCCCGAGGAGCUGGACAAACUGAUUUCGGACCGACCAGAAAACUGCAGACGGCCUGGCAACCCCGAGACCACUGUGCUGACUCACGCUGCCACGGUGGCCAUGGCCCACCGCUGCCUGGCUGUCUCCCAGCUCCCACCCCAGCCCCUGGUGACCCUGUCCUUGCAAUCAGUCCCCCUGCACCACCAGGUCCAGCCCCAGGCACAUCUGGCCCCAGAUUCUCCAGCCCCAGCACAGACCCCGCCCCUGCAUGCCCUGCCAGACCUGAGCCCCAGUCCCCUGCCCCAUCCUGCCCUGGGAAGGGCCCCUGUGGACUUCAUCAACAUCAGCACCGACAUGAGCACCGAGGUGGACGCCCUGGACCCCAGCAUCAUGGACUUCGCUCUGCAGGGGAACCUCUGGGAGGAGAUGAAGGAUGGGGGCUUCAGCCUGGACACCCUGGGGGCCUUCGGAGACUCUUCCCUUGGCUGUGAGCUGGGGGCUUCAGGCCUGACCCCCGUCUCCGGCGGGAGCGACCAGUCCUUCCCAGACUUGCAGGUGACAGGUCUCUAUGCCUCGUACUCGACCCCAGACAGCGUGACGGCGUCAACCACCACCUCCUCCUCCCAGUACCUGGGCGCCCCAGGGAACAAGCCCAUAGCCCUGCUUUGAGGUGAUGGCCUUGUCUGCCCCCACCCCAGCCCCUGGCAGAGAGCUCCCCGGAGCCUGGUGUACCGGGAAGUGAGGCCUCUUCCACCUGUUGGUGCCCCUGGCCCUCUCACUCCCGCACAGGAGGCCUUCUGGGCAACUCCCCCCACCCCAGGUCAGAAGGACAGAGGAGAAUGGACAGGCACACCAGCUUCCCCUGACCUCAACGACACCCCCCCGGCCCCAACGCUCCUCCCAGAGAGUGACAUCUGAGAAUGAGAUUCUGGAGCCUGCACCCCCACCGGGCUCCUGAGAGGACCUGCAGCCUGACUUUGAGAUGGGACGCAUUGGUACGCCAUGGGAACUCUCCAGCGGGGAGGCCCUUGAAAUCAUUCUUCUGGGGCUAAGCAUCCACUCGGGCCUCCAGAGAUCAGGCCCCGAGGCCAGAAGCAGAACCGGCAGAACUGGCAGCUCCCCUCUGCCAGCCCGGGCUGAACUCCAGGAUGGGCGUGCGCCCCCCACCCUCCAGCCCUACUUUUCCUGCAGGCCAUUGCACACAACAGAUCCUGCGCCAUGCUGGGCCCCGGGCCCCCAUGUACCUUUAUUUAUAUUUAUUGGAGCCCCUCUGCAGCGUCGAUUGGAACUGGCCCUGGAAUGAGAGUCCCCGGUCCCUGCCUGCCUCCCGGCAACCCUUCCUCCUAAAUUUCUCCAGAGGAUCAUGGCGCCAACAGGCUCUUAGAGCCUUGGGCUGGUUUUUUAGAACAAAAAGCUCUUGGGAUACUACGGGACAUUCUCUUUUUCUAAAUCGGAGACCAGAGACGUUUCUGACUGCUUAGUCAUGAUCCAGAUUUCUUCCCACAUGCGCCCAAGAAGACAGGAGUGUACCUCACUCCAGGCUUGGGGGCUUCCGAAGGGGAGACCAGGGUGGGAAUGGGAAGGAUGGCGGGGGCCAUUCGUGCAGGGAUUUAAGACACUGAUGGGAAAAAAAGCAAAGGGGACGAUGUAAAGCUUGGCCCGCGUGGGAGAGGGCUGGCGGAGCUGCCAGGCGGUGUGUUUAUUGGCACCUGCUAGCCUCGUCCUUGCCCUAUGGCUGUUUUUAUGUGGUUUUCUUUCUUUCUUUCUUUUUUCUCUCAUUAUCAAUUACUGAUUUCACAAGUGGUGGAUUCUGCAGACGGUGGGUGGGAGGGACAGGAGAGCGGGUCUGGGGAAAGAGAAGGUGAAAGAGAAGGACCCUCCAGCCCCAUCGAUGCCGAGAAGUGCAGUGGUGGUUCGGACCACUGUCCCCUCUUGACCAGCUGGAUGUCCAGCUCUGUCUGGGCAUCCCCAAACCCGAGGACCAGACUCUUCAUCAGACAGCCGCCUGGAGGGCUCAAGGCUGGGGCUUGUCUUAAAGGACCAUCUUGAAGUACUUGCUACCUAGUUCUGGAACUUUCUGCCAAGCAGCCUUCACCUUUAGACACAGCCUGGUGCUGGCCAUCUGAGCAGGACUGCUCAGUGGCUUUGCGGGAUGUGACCCCCGACAAGUUAAGAUGUUUGAGUUGUUGCCAAUGAAGACCCCAUGUUCAGGUGACGCCAAGACUCUCAGAGUAGCGUUGAAUAACUGUCUUUUGUCAAUAAAGGCUGAACGGCAGCUCUGUGGCUCAGAGGGAGGCAUGGGCGGAGGUGAAGGACAAAAGCCCUGUUUGUCACUCACCGCUCACAGCUGAGGUCCCAUUUACAGACGGGAGGAAAAAACUGAGGCCCAGAGAGGCAACAUCACAGAAACACUGAACCCAGGGAUCUGAUGCCAGGUUCCCCUUGGCCCAGGUUCCCCUUGGAGAUUGUCAUUAUCGGGAAAAUCAGCACAGCCACCAUUCACCAGCCCUCGGUGCCAGGCUCUUAACAGGUAUCCCUCAGACAGGGACACAAACCCCAUUUAUUGCUCAGAAAAAAGAGGCUCGGACCCACCAAGGAGGCAGGACUGAGGCCCUGAGUGCCAAACUCCAGAGUCAGAGCUCCAUGGCGCCGCCUCUGGUGCAUUUCUGGGGUCACAGGAGGUAAUAAGGUGGGAACAAAUGCACGCUUUUCAGCACCACACCCUCCUGGAAAUUAACUCCUUCAACCCUCCUUAUGACCCUACCAGGCACCUGGCUUCAUUAUUGCAUCCAUUUUGCAGAUGAAGAAACUGAGGCUUGGGGAAUAAAGGAAGGUCUUGCCACCCAAGAUAACAGCAGAAGGAUGCAUUCAUUAGGAGUCAACUCUUAAGCCCUUCUGGGGAGUGGCUUGCACACUCCCUGGGGAGACGGAUCCAUGCACGUGUGACAAUGAGCAGGAAAGGAAGAUUAGAAGGAUGACAGGGAAGGGCGGACCAGGUCCACCUCUGGGGAAAACAGGCAGGUGACAGGGAGAGACUCCCUC